UUUGUGGAGCCUUUCAAGGCUGAAAAUGUUCUUAACAUUGUAUAAGACGUAUAAGACUGCUCAUUUUGUUUACGCUGACUGGACGAAGUCGAUUGAUUAUCUUCAUUUCCAUGCAUGGAACCGCACGUAAAGAGAACGGCGUCUAAACUAGGCCUUACUGGAAUAAUUUCGCUUCCGGAGCCAUGCUCGCCCGAGCGUUACCAAAGGGUGAGCGCUUUUAGUACUUUAAGAACUUCGCAAAAGAAAACCUUUUGAUUACCGAGUCUCUAAUUUGUUAGUUUUGUUAGUGGUUUAUGAUGGAGUUUACACCCUUUUGUAACAGGUGAUGAUUGGCUAUCAACACCGGCGUGUUAUGACAGUUCCUGGAUGGCACGUGAUUAGACAUUUCUUAGGAAAGCCUUGUUUCACCAGUUAACUACCUAUUAUCACAUCAUACCACCCUUUAAAAAGCAAUACACAAAAGGAGUCCUAGUAUAUAAUCACUGCUUGAAAGGAGUCUACAUAUCCGCCAUUUACGCUGCAAUUUUAGACUUGUUGAUAACUGAUCAACCGAGGAAUGGUCCAUGUGCGAGAUUUUAACAAUGUCGAAGCCGGAGCAAGAACUGGCAAGAACGCCAGCAGUUUUCACAAGGCACUUGAACAGGCGUGUGUCUGUUCAGAAUAACAGUUUGGCAAGCGACUGGGACCGUACAAGAGCUGCGAUAGAGCGGGAAAAGGCACGCAAGGAAAGCCGACUUGAUGUUGAUAGAGCGGAAUGGAUGAACUACAGUAAGCAAAUACGGGUGACCACCGGCCGUUUGCACGAAGACGAGCAAGUCAGUCUACCAGUUCUAGAGGAUGCGAGGUUCAGAAGGACCAGCAGCGCUAGGAAGCAUGGAGAACCAGUCAAGAACUCAACGCCAAACCAUCCCGUUCCGCCAGAUCUAACACGAACCACUAGCAACUCAGAGCACAAAAGAAUGUCACGUCGAAUGUCGAGUCUUAUUUUAUUUGAGUUGCAAAAUAAUAAAGACUCAUUCAUAAGUCAAGUCUUAAACAUUCGGAAACGCUCUACGACCGAUAACACAUUGCCUGAAAUGGCGGUAAUUCAAGAGGAUACCAAAAGCCACUUGAGUCUACAAGAAGGCGAUGAGCUGCCAAUCAAAUUGCCACCUUUGGCGUUGCUAAGGUUACCAAGAGUGUACACAAUAGGCGCCAGGCCUGUUCAGCCACAAACAUUUGAGAGAGACGAUAGUUUUGUGAAAAAGGCGACUGGUCAAGACAUUAAAUACGAGGAGAUCAAGUUUUGUCGCUAUCUCAGGGUUCCACGUAAUAGGAAAGUCGUCAAAUACCGCACAAACACAAUUUAAAAUGUCAUAACCGCAGUUCUUUUUACGCAAUCGAAGAAAGAGAGCGCUGGUUCCUCAAGAACGAAAAAGGGGGCGCUUAGAGUACGAGAUUCUUGAUAUUAAGAGGAAAGGAAAGUGGCAAAGGUUUGCAAAAGGGAAGUCGUAUCACCACUAUCACGCGAAUCCACGAAACAACAACAAAAUGCAAAUUCAUUUGACAUGUUUAGUAAAGUUACCCAUGAAAAAUGCAGGUUCUCUAAACGGAUAUUUUGAUGGGGAAUGUCAGUGAGAUCAAUGUCUCAUAGUUCCCUGUGAUAAGACUAAAUGGUCUUCGCCGAGCAAUCAGUGAUCAAGAAUACAAGAAGUCUAGCAUAAUCCUGCACCACAGGCGUCUUAGUGGAAGAAAAUGGUGCAGCAUCGUUCAAAUUUGUGGAACAUUUUUUAAAUUUGGCACAAUGAUAGAGAAUCUCGCACUGAGCAAUUCUGGAUAUGGACCCACCCCCAAAAAUGUAUACUUACAGUUUAAUAGAGGUGGAAUCAAUUUCCCUUACUUCCUCAAUAAAACCAGUACUUUUCAUGCUAUGGUCACGAAACUUAUUCCAGUGAUGCAUAUUAACACAUGCUACAGUUUAAUAAAAAAAUAAACCACACCCCCUUGAUAAUUACAGUUUUAGGGGUGGAAUAAAUUAUUUCCUUUAAUCAGCAUUAAAACCAAUACUAUUUAUUGUACAAUUUUCAAAUUCCACAUAAUUGUAAUACUCGUUACAAAACUUUAUUCGAGAUAUGGACCCACGCCCAGAUGUGAGUACUUACAGUUAUACUAAAGAUGAUACGAAAGAGGCAUAUUGCUUAGAGUGCCUUUCAAUACAAACUGAGAGCUAAGAAUCCAUAUACUAACUUAUAAUGGUAUAUUGCAAGAUAUUUCCAACCGUAUAGCCACGCCCCUAUUGUACUUACAAUUAUACUAUAGAUGGCACGCAAAAGGUACUCGCAUAUAUAGUUUGCCUUUCAAUACGAGCUAUGAGCUACAAAUCCACAUGCUUACUUAUAUUGGUAUAUUACCGGAUAUAAUCAAUUGCAUUACAACGCCCCUAUGGUAUUUACAGUUACACUAGAGAUGACGGGAAUGAAGGUAUAUUGUCGCUUUUACAAAGUGCCUUCCAAUACGCAUUUCAAGCUAAAAAUCAAUAUACUCGCCGAUAUUGGUAUAUUGCAGGAUAUAGUUAAAUGUAUAACCAUGCCCUUAUAGUACUUAGAGCCCUUCUAGAGAUGGUACAGAUGGAGUUUAAAGAAAAAAAGUCCUUCCAUUCGAACUGCACGUGACAAUUGCACAUACUAACACUGUUUCACAAAUGUUUGGUCUAUCAAAAUACAAAAAACGUGCAGGGAAUUGCCCAUAUGGCAUUAACAGUUCUAGAUGAGAUGAAACAAAUUGACCUUUUUUUAAAAAAGCUAGGAAGCUGAAAUUAAUAGAGACUGUUGCAUUUAAGAUAAUCAUUAAGAACGCCGCGACACUAAUAAAAAACGAAAAAUAGGCAAUAUACUGAAGAAUACUUUACUGGGGUGGGGCCCCAUAAGCAUGUGGGUUUAUCAACCCACAUGCUCAACAUCUGUUCCCGUGUCCAUCGGACAAGCACUGUUGA